UUCAAAUGGCCUGACCCUUCCUUGCAUUUCCCAACGGUCACAUAGUUUAAAAUCCAGAAUCCCCAUAUCUAAACAACGUUGGUUUUUCCCUCUAUCAACUGCUUCUAUCCACUUUCUUUCUCUUUAACAUUUUCUCAUCGAAUUUUCCCAAACUUUUCUGUUUUAAUGGAAACCCAAAGCGUUAAAUUAGGUACUCCCUCGAAACAAGCCACGGUUUCAAAGGUGAGGGUGGUGGUCAGAGUCCGUCCGUUUCUACCUCAAGAGAUUACCGCAAGGAAUGGCAACUCGAAGUCGUGCAUUUUUCUUCUUGAUCAUCAAGAUAAUGAAUCUUCUGAUGAAGUUUCUGUUCAUCUUAAAGAUCCUAACACCAGCCGAAAUGAAAGCUACAAGUUGGAUUCUUUCUUUGACCAAGAAGAUGAUAAUGUCAGAAGGAUAUUCUACAGAGAAGUUAAUUCUUUAAUUCCAGGAAUCUUUCAUGGCUUCAACGCUACUGUAUUUGCUUAUGGGGCUACUGGUAGUGGAAAAACUUACACCAUGCAGGGUACGGAAAAGCAUCCUGGUCUAAUGCCUUUGGCCAUGUCUACAAUUUUGUCAAUAUGCCGAAGCACAGGGUGCAUAGCAGAGAUUUCAUACUAUGAGGUCUACAUGGAUAGGUGCUACGAUCUUUUAGAAGUCAAAACCAAAGAAAUUUCAAUUUUGGAUGACAAAGAUGGGCAGAUUCAUCUAAGGGGCCUUUCUCGGGUGCCUAUUAAUACCAUGUCUGAAUUCCAUCAAGUCUUCUCUUGUGGAAUUCAGAGAAGGAAAGUUGCACAUACUGGUCUCAAUGAUGUUUCCAGUAGAAGCCAUGGUGUCCUAGUGAUUGCUGUUUCCACUCCUUGUGAUGAUGGUUCUAGGCCUUUUUUGAUGGGGAAGCUGAACCUCAUAGACUUAGCAGGCAAUGAGGAUAAUAGGAGGACCUGCAAUGAAGGCAUUCGCCUCCAAGAGAGUGCUAAGAUCAACCAGUCCUUAUUUGCUUUGUCAAAUGUGAUUUAUGCAUUGAACAACAAGCUGCCCCGAGUGCCCUAUCGAGAAAGCAAAUUGACUAGAAUAUUGCAGGACUCUCUUGGUGGGACUAGCCGUGCCUUGAUGGUUGCUUGCCUGAAUCCUGGAGAGUAUCAAGAAUCUCUUCACACCGUUAGCUUAGCUGCUAGGUCUCGUCAUAUUUCAAAUGUCGUUUCUUCAGCUCAAAAGCUACAGACACAGAAGGAAAAAGUUGAUAUGGAAGCAAAACUGCAAGCUUGGCUUGAAUCAAAAGGCAAGACAAAGAGUGCACAAAGAAUGGGACCAUUCGCUUCUCGAUUAGUAGGCAAAACACCCAGUUCCAUACGCUCUAUGAAGAAGCUUGAUUACAACAGCUCUUGCAAAGUAAAAAAUUCUACCAAAGAUGAUCCUUCUAAUACCAAAGACAGGGGCUUAUCCGUGACUUCCAGAAAUUUAUUCAACAAUGAAGAUGUUGUUGAUAUUGAGCAGAUCAUGUUGAAACCAACUAUGAACUUAGCUGAAGAAUCAUCCGGCAAGGAAGAGACUACAACAGUCGAAAACUCUGUCGAUACCAUCGGAUUAUCUCCAAGUAAUGAGAGGAAAACUGCAAUGCAAAGCCCUUUAAGAAAGGUCCUCUCCCCCAUCAGUUCCAAUAUAAUUCCAGAAGCGAUCAAGGCUCAAUUUUCCUUAUCAUAUGAGCCAAAAACUCCCCAAAAUGUUGGCACUCCACGGGAUAAAUUUAAUGCGUGGAGUUCUAACGUGAAGAGCUCUCUCGUUCAAGAAUAUAUCGAGUUCUUAAAUACGGCUAGCAGAGAAGAGUUACUAGGCCUAAAGGGUAUUGGAUCGAAGAUGACAGAAUACAUAAUUGAACUUAGAGAAACAAGCCCUUUAAAAUCGCUAAGUGACUUGGAAAAGAUUGGUCUUUCAUCAAAGCAGGUUUACAACUUGUUCAGCAGAGCAGCAAAAGGAAUUAUUGAGUGAGCAGAAAUUGCAAUUUAACCAAGAUACAUGCUGUUUUUCAUUGCAAUGUUGUGAGAUUAAUGUAAUCAGUAUGUUGUGGUCUGUCACUACAGAAUUGCCUUAAUAGUAUCAUGCAGUACAUUAAUUAUUGUACUGCUAAGUUAAGUUUUCUUAAAAUCGUUUCAGAAUUGUUGUCCUAGUAUCGUGCUAGUACAUUAAUUAUUGUAUAGUUGAAUUUUUAGAAAGAGUGAAGUAGAACAUCUCAAUUUUCAACAAAA